GUAUUAUUCCUUAGGCCAUGUGCGUCCACGAACCCACCUACCCAAUUUGAAUUAAUUAAUGGUAAUGAUCCAUCCCCCAUGUGAGGGCAAGAAGAGUUUUAAAAACUUGUCACCCCAGAGAAAGACAUUUUCAAAAAGCUUUCAUACUUCCUUACCUGAGCUAUCUGAGCUAUCUGCGAACCUUGGAAUAUUACUUCAUCCAAUUCCCUUGCAAAGAAAAGAAGAGAAAAAUGGCUGGAGCUUUGAUCGGAGAGGCCUUUAUUUCUGCUUCCAUCCAGGUGAUUUGUGACAGAAUUGCCUCACCCGAGUUCAUUGAUUUAUUUCGGCACAAGAAACUCGAUCAACCUCUCCUCAUGAAACUGAAGAGGACCCUUUUGACCUUGAACGCAGUGCUCGAUGAUGCAGAGGAGAAGCAAAUUGAGAAACCAGCUGUGAGAGAGUGGCUUGACGACCUCAAACAUGCAGUCUUUGAUGCUGAGGACUUGCUGGGGGAGAUCAACUAUGAAGCAUUGCGAUGCAAGCUGGAAGGUGAAGCUGAAACAGCCGACAAAUUUACCAACAAGGUGUGGAACUUCCUCCCUACUUCUCGUAAUAAGUUUUAUCAAAGCAUGAAUGUUAAGAUACAGGAGUUGUUACGAAAACUAGAAGACUUUGUACAACUGAAAGGUGCUCUUGGUUUGACAGAAGUUGUUGGGAGGAAGGUUUCACAAAGAACUCCAACAACUUCCUUGAUUCAUGAACCUUAUGUAUAUGGUAGAAAUGAAGUCAAAGAAAAUUUAUCAAAAGUGUUGUUCUCUGAUGAUGCAAGCAAGGAUGAUGUGUCUGUCAUCACCAUUGUUGGAAUGGGUGGGGUUGGCAAGACAACCCUUGCUCGAAUGCUUUACAAUGAAGACAGGGUGAAAGAGCAUUUUACAUUUAAAGCUUGGGCUUGUGUUUCAGAAGAUUACGAUGCUAUUAGGGUAACUAAAACUCUUCUCGAGUCAGUCACUUCAAAACCUUGUAAUACGACAGAUCUCAAUUUGCUUCAAGUUGAACUAAGAGAACAACUGCGGGGGAAGAAAUUUUUGUUUGUAUUGGAUGACCUUUGGAAUGAGAAAUAUACUGAUUGGAACUGCCUCCAAACUCCUUUUACUUCAGGGGCAAGGGGAAGUAAAGUCAUCGUAACAACACGGAACAAAAAUGUAGCAUCUUUCAUGCAAAAUGUUCCCACUCAACCCUUGGAACCAUUGUCGCAUGAAGAUUGUUGGUCAUUACUUGCAAAACAUGCGUUUGGAAAUGUAAGCUGUAGUGCAUAUCCAAGCUUGGAAGAAAUCGGCAAGAAAAUUGCACGAAAGUGCAAUGGGUUGCCUUUAGCUGCACAAACACUUGGCGGUUUGUUACGUUCCAGGCUAGACUCCGAGGUAUGGAACAGAGUACUAAACAACAGCAUUUGGGAGUUACCUUCCGAGAAAAGUGACAUUCUUCCUGCUCUAGGAUUGAGUUAUCAUUAUCUUCCAGCUAAAUUAAAGCGAUGCUUUAUUUAUUGUUCAAUUUUUCCAAAAGACUAUGAAUUCAAGGUAGAAGACGUUGUUUUUCUUUGGAUGGCAGAAGGUUUAAUUCCCCAAGCGGAGAAUGGGGACAACAUGGAAGAAGUGGCUAAGGAAUAUUUUGAUGAACUUUUAUCCCGAUCAUUGUUUCAAACAUCGGGGAAAUCAAGUUUCGUUAUGCAUGAUCUCAUCAAUGACUUGGCUGUGUUCAUGUCUAAAGGAUUUUGUUCCAGGUGGGAAGGGAGGGAAUCACAUGAAGUAGAAAGAGUUCGCCAUUUGUCAUAUGCUAGGGAAGAAUAUGAUGUUUCUCUUAAAUUUGAGCAAUUAAAGGAGGCUAAGUGUUUGCGGACCUUCCUACCUACCUCUUUAAAUACUCAUAAAGAGUAUAAUUAUCUAGGCAAAAAGGUUGUACCAAAUUUGUCGUCGUCACACAGAUGUUUACGGGUGUUAUCAUUGUCAAGUUAUAGGAAUGUCACUCAGCUACCUGAUUCUAUUAAAAAUCUUAUUCACUUGCGCUAUUUGGAUCUCUCUGGUACUGCAAUUGAAACGUUACCUAGUGUACUUUGCAGUUUGUACUAUUUGCAGACGUUACUAUUGUCAAAUUGUUCCUUUCUUGUUGAAUUACCUGCAGACUUGAGAAAAUUGAUAAAUUUACAGAAAUUAAUGCUUGGAGGUUGUGCGUCUCUUGCUAAAUUGCCUGUAGACCUGUGGGAAUUAAUUAGUUUGCGUCAUCUUGAUGUGAGUGGAACUAAAAUUGCAGAGAUGCCAGCACAAAUGAGUAGACUAAAAAGUUUGAGAACAUUGAUUGCUUUUGUUGUGGGGAAAUCUAUUGGGUCGACCAUUGGGGAAUUGGGGGAGCUUCCACAUCUUCAAGGAAAACUUUCAAUUCUAAAACUGCAAAAUGUAGUUGAUGCUAAGGAUGCCGUGCAAGCCAAUUUGAAGAAUAAGAAUGAUUUGAAGGAGUUAGAGUUGGCAUGGGACGAUGAAGACUUAGAUGAUUCCGAAAAAGCGAGAGAUGUACUUGGCAAGCUCCAGCCUUCAAUUAGUUUGGAGAAACUAAUCAUCAAAUUUUACGGUGGAACUAACUUCCCGAAUUGGUUAGGAGACUCAUGCUUCUCUAACAUACAAGUUAUGCGUCUCAGUAAUUGUAAAUAUUGUUGGUCGCUGCCACCAGUUGGGGGGCUACCUGCUCUCAAAGAGCUCUAUAUAGAAAGGAUGGAAUUUGUUAAGACAAUUGGUGUUGAGUUCUAUGGCAGAAAUGGAGCGUAUCUAAUUCAGCCAUUUCAAUCACUGGAGAAACUGGAGUUUAAGGAGAUGGCAGAGUGGGAGGAAUGGAUACCAAGUGGAAGUGGAGGUCCAGACUUUCCUCGUCUCCAGGUACUGAUCCUAAAUGUGUGUCCGAAGUUGAGAGGAAGCUUGCCUUGUGAUCUGCCUUGCUUGAAGAAACUUGGAGUGGAUGGGUGUGGGGUUUUGCAUGACCAAGGGGCCACUGCUACUACUAGUAGUGGUACUAGUCUCAACUACAAUUCUCUUGAAGAAUUGGAAAUAGGUGAAUGCCAAACAGGUCUGUUAUCAUUACUAGAGACAAAGCUCCUCUCCCAACUUGCCAUUCGACAUUUUAAUGACAUACAGUGCUUGCCCAACAUCAAUCGUCUUCACAGAUUGUCUCUCUGGAAUUGUCCAACGCUGUCAUCAUUCCCUGAAGAUGGCCUACCCACUUCGUUGACAUCACUUAUAAUAAUCAAUUGUAGGAUAUUAGAAUUCCUACCUCAAGAGAUGUUGGCCAAAUUAACAUCACUCCACCUUUUGAGGAUAUAUAAUAGCUGUGAUUCAAUGAGGUCCUUCCCCUUGGACAUUUUUCCCAAAUUGAAGACACUUGAAAUUGGUUACUGUGACAAUCUGGAAUCGCUUUGCUUGAUUGAAGAAGGAGCAGUUCUCAGUCAUUUAAAUGACCUGCAGGUCUAUAAUUGUCCAAAUCUGGUGUGUUUUCCCCCGGGAGGAUUGCCCACUCCCAACCUGACUCGAUUGGAAUUUUUGGGAUGCGAGAAGUUGAAGUCAUUACCCGAACACAUUCACACCCUCACUGCCCUUGGACAUUUGAAUUUAAGCAAUCUUCCAAAUCUGGAGUCAAUUGCAGAAGAUGGGGGUUUGCCUCCCAACCUCCGAGAUUUUAGCAUUAAUAAUUGUGAGAGACUGAGGGCUUCAUCUUCAUCAGUAGGAGACUACAAUAACUGGGGUUUGCAAGCACUUGUCUCCCUUGAAGAAUUUAGAAUUGGUGGCAGGGGAAGUGAUGAAAUCUUGGAGACGUUGCUCAAGCAACAGCUGCUCCCUACCACUGUUCGCACUCUCCGCAUCGGGGAACUUUCAACUCUGAAAUCUUCGGAUGUAAAGGGACUUGCACGCCUUACUUUUCUUGAAACUCUAGAAAUUAUUUGGUGUAAAAGUCUGGAAUUCCUGCCAGGAGAGGUACUUCAACACCUCACUUCUCUUCAACGGCUAUACAUUUAUGACUGUCCGAGUCUCCAAUUCCUGCCAGAAGAGGGUCUGCCGCCAUCUCUUUCUUAUCUGUGCAUCUCCAAGUGUCCUGCCCUGGAGAAAAGGUAUCAGAAUAAGACGGAACAAGAUCAUUGGGCCAGUAUAUCUCACAUUCAAUGCAUCCAGAUAAAUGAUGAAGUCAUCUUAAGAUAAUAAAACAAACCAGGAGAUUGAAGCCAUCUGAUCAAAAUUUUAUACUCAGCUUUUUGUGAAUUACAUUGUCUCCCUUGAAGAAUUUACAAUUGGUGGCAGGGGAAGUGAUGAUAUCUUGGAGAUGUUGCUCAAGCAACAGUUGCUCCCUUCCACUCUUUACACUCUCCACAUCUAUAGACUAUCAAGUCUGAAAUCUUUGGACAGAAAGGGACUUAAAAACAUCACUUCUCUUUCCUUUCUGAGUAUCUCCAAGUGUUUUUCCCGGUAGAAAAGGUAUAAGAAGAUGACAGGAAAAGAUUGGGCCAACAUAUCUCACAUUCCUUGCAUCAAGAUAGGCCACGAAGUGAUCAUAUGAGAUGAGCUCUCUCUCUCUCUCUCUCUCACACACACAUUCCUGGAAGUCAUCAUAUGACUUGAGAAACUUUCCCAUGUUUGGAGGUCAAAGAAACUUGUGUACGCAACCAUGCAUGAUUUCAGAGUCGAAGCUAAUUCACUGGCCUUUCUGUGCUCGCUUCUGUAAGGGAUCAAACCAAGCAGGUUCAUACUUUAAAUGUAUCACGUCAUCAGCAUUUCAGACAGAAAAUGGGCCUUGAAUUGUGUUCUGAGCCAAUGGAUUUUUCUAGAACCUAAAGUGCAAUGGAAAAUUACUGAAGUGAUCUACACAAAGAGUAAACAUUUUUUCUGUUGGAUGCUGGAGGUGCCUCUUAUAAGUGGCUAAGUUGCAAUAUCUGGUGUCAUCAAAUGCUCUGCAAAAAGCAGUUCAAGUUGAGACUGGAGCUGAACAAGGAUCAGGUCAGCUGUAUAUUUCGUGGAACAGACCCAGCAUGUUCAUACAUGGCUUGGCUCACUUCAUCAUCUUUUGAGACAGAAAAUCAGCCUUCAACCGUCUGCUGAUUCAAUAGACUUUUCUAUAUAUCUCAAGUGCAAUGGAAAAUUGCAGACUUACAUAAAGAUUCGCAAAGAUUUCUGUUUGAAAAUUUCUACCGGAGGCUGGAAAUGCUUCUUAUAAGUGGCUAAGUUGCAAAAAAUUGUAGGAUUGAAGGCUCUGCAGACUGCACAGAGAAGUAUCUUGCUGAGCUGAGGUAUGGAAACGGAAAGCACUUUGGUUAACAUCCACAUUUAAUAGCUGUGAAAAGAAACAGGAUUUCACAAUCAGAUGCUGAACCUGAACACCAGGUUUUGAAUAACUGGUGUCUUUUUCCCAACGCAUUCACACCCUCGCAGCACUUCGACAUUUGGAGAUGACUGAACUUCCAAAUUUAGUGUCAUUUGCAGAAGGCGGUUGUCUCCCUUAAACACUACAAUUGGAGGCAGGAGAGGUGACGAUAUCUUGGAGACAUUGCUCAAGGAACAGCUGCUCCCUUCCACUCUUCACACUCUUCGCAUCUGGGGACUAUCAAGUCUGAAAUCUUUGGACGGAAAGGGACUUGGACACCUCACUUCUCUUUAAGAGCUAUAUAUGUUAGUGAGUGUGACAGUAUCCAAUUCACUUCUCUCCAACUGUUAUGGCAUGGAGAAGCGGUAUGAGAAUAAGAUGGGACAAGAUCGGGCCAACAUAUCCUUGGUGUGUCGUUUCCAGAGGAGGGUUUACCAUUGUACAUAGCCUUUUGUUUUUCUACAAAAACAAUUGACACAUUCCUACAUACAUUUUUGGUCUAGCUUAUCCAGUAGAUAACUUGUCCCCUGUUUUGUGAAAUGUAAUGUUUUUUCUUUCCUAAUUACUUAAUACAAAUUGGUCGAUGAUGGUUGAUGGA